UGGUUUGUUUUCUGGUUUCUAGGGGAGGAGCGGAUAGGAUUUCCCCACUUCUUCCCCCCACUUUAACGUCUAGUUGGCAUAACUGAUAAUUUCCGCAUUCCCAAAUCCUCCCAGACAGAGCUAACUAUUUAAACGGGCCGAUGCAACGAUUUCCACUUUUUAAAAUCUACUGUCGACCUUCAGCUGACCAGAAGAAAGGACAACUGUUGCACUCGGAAUCAAAGUCAGCUGUGGUCACAGCCGGGUCUAACAUGAUGCCGGGACCAAUCCCAGAUCCCCUGGUGACAGCGGGCUCCCUGCCCAGCCUGGGUCCCCUGGCAGGGAUCCCCUCCACCACGCUGACUGACCAGCUCAAAUACGCCGACCUCCGGGAACUGGGGUCCAUGCUCUCUCCACUGCACUUCCUGGGCAAGCUAGGGAAGAGGCCCCUAAACAUCAAAACAGAAAGAGAUGAGGAAGAGGACAGGAGGAAACGAAGGAGAGAGAAAAACAAAGUUGCAGCAGCACGCUGUAGAAACAAAAAGAAGGAGAGGACAGACUAUCUACAAAGGGAAUCAGAGAGACUAGAGGUAAUGAACUCUGACCUCAAAGCCCAGAUUGAGGAGCUGAAGCAUGAGCGGCAGCAGCUGAUCAUCAUGUUGAAUCACCACCGCCCAACGUGCAUCGUAAGAACAGACAGCGUCAAGACCCCUGAAAGCGAAGUCAACCCCUUGCUGGAGCACCUGGAGGGGAAGUGAUGUCACAGGACUCAGAGCAGCAGUGUCACAGUUACAGUUUACAGUGAAGCUCCACUCCGGUCAGCUAGCAGCACUUCAAUACCUCUGGGUUCUUGGCUUAGAGGAGAACCAGCUAAGCACUCCUGCCUGGAGCCAGAGAGCCUUUAAACACAAAGGUGACCCAAUGUGAUUGGACUUUGUGCUGGCAGUUAUUGCAUUGUUUAGAUUUGUUGUUUUGUUAUUGUUGUUGUUAUUAAGGGCCCCAUAGUCCCAGCCACUAUCACUAUAAACAAAUGGAAUUGAAUAAAUGGCUAAAUGCAGCUUGGUGAGCAAUACUCCACCGUUCCAAGGCAACAUGGCAGAUCUCUCAGGCCCCUAGGCACAGUCAGAGCUGUAUUUUUUUGUUUAUACAUAUGUGUACUGGUUAUGUACACGGAUGUUUAUUUUAAUAUGAUUUUUUUUGUAUUAUGCCUUCGAUGGCAGACCGGUUGAACCGGUUUCUUUUUUUUGGCGCAGGCGUCAUAUAUGCACAUAACCUACAGUAUAUAUUGACUGUUUACAUUGUAGUUGGUCUGUUAUUGUUACUUUCAAAUAUGGUUCUGAUUUGUAUACGCGCUGUACAUUAUAUGUAUCAUUUGACAUACUGAACAAAAAUAUAAACACAACAUGCAACAAUUUCAAAUAUUUUACUGAGUUACAGCUCAGAUGAGGAAAUCAGUCAAUUGAAAUACAUUAUUUAGGUCCUAAUCUAUGGAUUUCACAUGAGUGGGAAUACAGAUGGUCACAGAUAUCUUUAAAAAAAUUGGGCCUCACAAUGGGCCUCAGGAUCUCGUCACACUAUUUCUGUGAAUUCAAAUUGUCAUUGAUAAAAUCGUGUUCGUUGGCCGUAGCUUAUGCCUGCCUGCCCAUACCUUUACCCCACCGCCACCAUAGGGCACUCUGUUCACAACGUUGACAUCAGCAAACCGCUCGCCCACACAAUGCCAUACACGUGGUCUGUGGUUGUGAGGCCGGUUGGACGUACUGCCAAAUUCUACUACGUUGGAGGCGGCUUAUGGUAGAGAAAUUAACAUUCAAUUCUCUGGCAGCUUUGGUGGACAUUCCUGCAGUCAGCAUGCCAAUUGCAUGCUCCUUCAAAACUUGAGACAUCGGUGGCAUUGUGUUGUGUGACAAAACAGCACAUUUUAGUGUGGACUUUUAUUGUCCCCAACACAAGGGGCACCUGUGUAAUGUUCAUGCUGUUUAAUCAGGGAUGUAAACACAUUUUUAGAAAUAAUAUUUUUGUGCUUAUGGAACAUUUCUGGAAUAUUUUAUUUCAGCUCAUGAAACAUAGGACCAACAUGUUACAUGUUGAGUUUAUAUUUUUGUUCAGUGGUAUAAGCUAUCACAACGUGAUACAUUUUGUAUUUAUAUUACAAAUAAAUACAGUUUCUUUUCUC